AUGGCGUCGACCCCGCAUAUCGGCAUUGUUGGCGCAGGCAUUUCCGGCCUGCGCUGCGCCGACAUUCUCAUCCAAAAUGGCGCGCGAGUAACAAUUCUAGAAGCAAGAGAUCGCAUUGGAGGGAGAGUGCACCAAUCAACGGUAGGAGACCAUGUGGUAGAUCUCGGCCCUAAUUGGAUCCAUGGUGCGGGGGACAACCCCAUCAUGACUAUUGCGGAAGCAACGGGUGCCACCUUGUAUGAUCCCGAGGAUGGAAGUCAUAUGGCCUUUUCAACAGAGGGCCAUCGGAUCGCCCCUGAAGUGAACGCCAAGGUCCAAGAUUUUGUAUGGACUACUAUAGCGGAAGCCUUUGAAUACAGCAAUCGCCAUGGGGACAAUAUCCCCGCUGAGCGGAGUCUGUUUGAUUUCUUCUCUGAGCGAAUCCAGCAAAAGGACUUCUCAGAUGAAGAGAAGCACCUUUGUCUGGAUGCUUGUAAGUUCUGGGGCGCAUAUGUGGGGGAGCAAGUCGACAAACAGAGCUUGAGGUUCUUCCGUCUGGAAGAAUGUGUCGAUGGAAGCAACUUCGUCUUGGCAUCUACAUACAAGCCCAUUCUAGAGCAAGUCGCAAAAACCGCCACUUCAAAAGCCAAUAUCCGGCUCAACGAGCCAGUCACAAACAUCAAAGCGCCUGCCCGCGACAUCCAAUCCCAGACAAAACACCAAGUAACCGUGACCACAGCAAAUGGGAGUUAUGGCUUCGACGAAGUAGUAGUAACCUGCCCACUCGGCUGGCUGAAGCAAAACACUUCAUCAUUCUCUCCAGCCCUUCCACCCCGUCUCCAACAAGCAAUCAACAACAUCUCAUACGGAAGACUGGAAAAGGUCUACGUGACAUUUCCCCGUGCCUUCUGGCAAGAUGCCACCACAUCAGGAACAAAAGCCACUUCUAGUCCAGUCAUGGCACAGUUCCUCGAACCGUCCUAUGCGCCGCACCCAGCGGGCAUAGAAUGGACCCAGGAAUGUCUCUCCUUUGCUGCCCUCCCGACACCAUACGCGCACCCAACCCUACUUUUCUACACAUACGGCGAGAGUGGUGCGGAAAUCAUCAAUACCAUCUCGCAUCUAUCUCCUUCGUCGUCGGAAUAUAAGGAGACCCUAGUCAAUACUUUCAAGCCCUUUUACUCCCGGCUUCCGGGGUAUAAUCCAGAUCACCCGGAUUGUACGCCGACGGCGUUGCUCGCGACGCAGUGGCAGAAGGAUAUCUAUGCUGGAAAUGGGUCAUACUGCAAUUUCCAGGUUGGAGUCACCGAGGCAGAUAAAGAUAUUGAGGUGAUGAGAUCUGGGGAUGGGAUUGGACCAAAGAGGGGAUUAUGGUUUGCUGGAGAGCAUACGGCACCUUUUGUCGCGCUUGGUACCAGUACUGGUGCGUUUUGGAGUGGAGAGAGAGUUGCGAAUUUGAUCUGUCAGGGACUUGGGUUGGGGUCUGUUGGGGGUAUGGGGGUGAAGGAUGAUUCUUUGCCUUCUGCUGGGGGGCUGUAA